AUUCCCUCCGUUCAAUCACGGAUCGUCAAAUGCGCUCAAUCUUACUCCGUGUUUAAGGAGAACCCAAACUGUCGUCGUUGACGUAGCCACAGAAAGAAAUAACCGAUCCAAAUUUUAUAUUUUGCGUCACGCAAAAACGUUGCUCUUCGGUCCCCACGCUUGAAGACGGUCUAACCAUCGCGUAAGAAGAUGAGCGGCGGAGGUAAGACGGCGGCGAAACUCGGUGACGAGCAGUUGUCGGAGCUCCGGGAGAUUUUCCGAUCGUUUGACCAGAACAAGGACGGCAGCCUGACGGAGCUCGAGCUCGGAUCGCUUCUCAGGUCGCUCGGACUGAAACCGAGUCAGGAUCAGCUCGACGCCCUGACUCAGAAAGCCGAUCGGAACAACAACGGCUUGAUCGAGUUCUCCGAGUUCGUCGCACUCGUGGAACCGGAUCUGGUGAGGUGUCCGUACACGGACGAGCAACUGCGCGCGAUUUUUAAAUUGCUGGAUCGAGACGGGAACGGUUACAUCACAGCGGCGGAGCUUGCGCACUCGAUGGCGAAGCUAGGGCACGCUUUGACGGCUGAGGAGUUGACGGGGAUGAUAAAGGAAGCCGAUAGAGACGGCGAUGGCUGUAUAGAUUUCGAUGAGUUUGUUCAAGCGAUUACGUCUGCAGCUUUUGACAAUGCUUGGGGAUGAAGUCAACAGGCGCACAGGAAAUUUUGAGUUCUGCUACUGAGAUUUGCUUCAUUUGUUACAAAGAUUCCACACAUUUCCUUUUUUGAAUGCUGUUUCUGAUUUUGAGGUAAGCAAAUACAUAUAUACAUGUGUGUAUAGGUGUGGUUUUGGUAUCUGCAGAGAACUGUUUGUUGUUCAUGAAACUCUUUGUCACAGUUGUUGAGCGGUGAAAGUUUCAAUGAAGUUGCAAAGUUUGGUGCUUCGUUUUCUUUGUGCCUAAGAAUCGCUAGGAGAAAAGACAGUGAAUCCGAACAUACUCCAUUUCCUGUGACAGAUCCCAAGAUAGCUUAUGUUUCAUCAAUGGCGGAAACACAAAUACAUCAACUACCGGUCUGAAACUAGAAACCGGUGUCGAUGCUACAGCAUCAUUCUUCUUAUGGGUCUGAACAUGUAUGUAUCUAAUAGCAAGAACGCGAAGAUCAUUGAGUUUUAUCUGACUCAAGAUUCUGUAUAGUCUUUUGCUUCACAUUCUCGAUGGAUCU